UCCCCCUCCUCUCUCUCCGACUCCACCCUCUCCACCGACGGCAUGGCGAGCCUACAGGCAAAGGAGUGCGAGGCUGACGGCUGCUGCCAGGAGGCUAAGCUCCAGUGUCCCCGGUGCAUCACGCUCGGGAUCCAGGGCUCCUACUUCUGCUCUCAGGAAUGCUUUAAGAAGAAUUGGGCGACUCACAAGUUGCUGCACAAAAAAGCAAAGGAGCAGAACAAUGAAGAACCCAACGAAUGCACAAAGGAUGUUAACACAGACCCAUGGCCAGGCUACCGCUUCACUGGGAAACUACGGCCGCACUAUCCGUUGACUCCGUUGAGGCUCGUACCCGGUGACAUCCAGAGACCAGACUAUGCUGAUCAUUCAAGAGGUAUGUCUGAGUCUGAACAGACUUUAAAGGGGACAUCGCAGAUAAAAAUAUUGCCUCCUGAAGACAUUGAAGGCAUGAGAGUAGUAUGCAAGCUGGCACGAGAAGUCCUGGACAUAGCCGCCCUGAUGGUUAAACCUGGCAUCACUACUGAGGAGAUCGACCACACAGUGCAUCUGGCUUGCACAGCAAGGAAAUGUUAUCCUUCCCCUCUUAACUAUUACAACUUUCCGAAGUCCUGCUGCACAUCGGUCAAUGAAGUGAUCUGCCACGGCAUUCCCGACCGGAGACCUCUGCAGGACGGCGACAUCCUCAACGUGGAUAUCACCGUCUACCACAACGGCUUCCAUGGCGACCUUAAUGAGACCUUCUAUGUCGGGGAGGUGGAUGAAGGUGCCAGGAAACUAGUUCAAACCACCUAUGAAUGCCUUAUGCAAGCUAUUGAUUCAGUGAAGCCUGGGAUUCGCUACAGGGAACUAGGAAACAUCAUCCAGAAACACGCUCAGGCUAACUGCUUCUCUGUGGUGCGGAGCUACUGCGGCCACGGGAUCCACCGACUGUUCCACACCGCGCCCAACGUGCCGCACUACGCCAAAAACAAAGCGGUCGGGGUUAUGAAGCCUGGCCACGUGUUCACUAUCGAGCCGAUGAUCUGUGAAGGAGGCUGGCAGGACGAGACGUGGCCCGACGGCUGGACGGCGGUGACCCGCGACGGGAAGCGCUCAGCCCAGUUUGAACACACCCUGCUGGUCACAGAGACCGGCUGUGAGAUCCUGACCUGCCGAUUGGACGACAAGGGCGACGCCCACUUCAUCAGCCAGACUUAAGGACUCUGAUUGGAUGAUACAUCUCUAGUUCAGAGACACAGAAAUACAAGUUGAUAUGCACCUCACAAUAAGUGGGUCCUUCUCCCUCAUCUGUGGCUGUCCUCAUUCUUAAAUUGAUAUUUUGGUCACUCCAAUGUAACAGAAGUUCUUGAAUGUGUUUUCGUACCAAGUGUGGAUCAGUUGUUUCACCAUUGGGGAUUAUUCUAUAAAUCUCACAUUUAGUGAUGAGUUUGUGUGUUCUAAAAGUGGUACUUUUAAAUCCAGUUCUCUUAUGGCUGUCGUGACAAUUGGCAAAAAUAAACGAUCAAUCUUAGUUUCUAGCAGCCAGUUUCACAAAGCAGACUACAGAGACUCUGAAAUACUACUGACCACAAACCUUCCCUAAACCCCCAUUUACUUUAUAAAAUUUUGGCUUUUGAAAUAAUGUCAGAAAUGUAAUUGAAUAACAUUUAGUCUUUCAAGUGCUACAAUUUUUAAUAUUCUUUGUAGUGCCUGUUUGGUGCUUCAUGAGUCAGAUUCCUUGUGUAGCAAAUCAAGCCUUAACAUUAAAAAAUAUUUGCUGGAUUAGAUGAAACAUCCAAUAUUUUCAGUUAGACUAAAGCUACUGGUCUACUUCAGGGAACCAUUUCAAAGAGUUAAUUUUUUAGUUGCACUGAUGGGACUGCUUCAAAGUAUAAUGAAGAAAUAGGAAAUUAUGAUUAUACAAUUCUAUAUUAAGUAGAAGAGUAUGGUGCAAAUCAAGUAUCAACCAUCGGUAUAACAUUCCAAUUUAAUUCAUAUUUUAAUGUCUUCAAAUCCUCUACAGGAAAUUCAUCAAAUGUUCCUUCCAUCAUUAGGUAAAAUGGUGUUGUGGCCUUCGGUGUAUCUAGUAGUUGAGUACGACACGAAUACUGGAAGAUAAAACAAGAUUAGACAGGGUGAGCAAAAGGCUCAGAAAGUGUACAUGGUCUUUCUCAUAGCAAUCUCUUAAGGGAUAAGUCAGAGACUAAGGCCCAAUCUCAAUACUUCCCCUUAUCUUCCCCCUUACCCUUGAAGUUGCGCGUUCAUGUGAGAGCUAGUGGUGUCUCAAUACCCAAUUUGAUCAAGAUUAAGGGAUAAGAUUGAGUGCUAUGUACCCCUUAUUUUUAAGAUGAUUUGAGAGCUCACUUGGGCCGAAUCUCGAUUCUUCCCCUUGCCCCUUUUGCUUUGUCUUUGUCUUUGUCUU